CGACGCAGGACGCUAGCCAAUGCGCACAGCUUUAAUGAAGCUUACAGGACAGUUCCACCAAAAUUAAACAAACGGUUCAAUAUAUCGUUACAAUGCCAGUAACCUUUGUGAGUUCCGGGUACAGGCUGUCAUCCGUCUUCAGACUGCGGGCGAUACAGCAGCACAUGAUGUCCAGUUCAGCAGGACCUGAGGUUGUGUUUGAGCGCAUCAGAAAUGCUGGCGUGAUCACGCUGAACCGGCCUAAAGCCCUGAAUGCCCUCAACCUAUCCAUGAUCAGACACAUUUACCCACAGCUGAAGAAAUGGGAGAAAGAUCCAGAAACAGACCUUGUGGUUAUCAAAGGAGCUGGCGGAAAAGCAUUUUGUGCUGGUGGGGACAUUAGAGCGGUUACCGAUGCUGGAAAAACAGGAGACUCCCUUGCCCAGGACUUCUUCCGUGAGGAGUACAUAUUGAACAACGCAAUAGGGACAUUUAAAAAACCAUAUGUGGCCUUGAUUGAGGGAAUAACAAUGGGAGGGGGUGUCGGCCUCUCGGUCCACGGGCGGUUUCGGGUCGCCACUGAGAAGACGCUGUUUGCCAUGCCAGAGACGGCCAUAGGCCUCUUUCCUGAUGUUGGUGGUGGCUACUUCCUACCCAGAUUGCAGGGCAAACUGGGCCUAUUCCUGGCACUCACUGGCUUUCGUCUCAAAGGGCGUGAUGUCCAGAGGGCAGGUGUGGCCACCCACUUUGUGGAGUCUCAGAAGAUUUCUGCCCUGGAAGAGGACCUGGUGAACUUGAAGUCUCCAUCCUUUGAUGAUGUUGGUGCUGUGCUGGACUCCUAUCAGAACCAGAGCAGUCUGGACCAGGAGAAGCCCUUUGCACUUGCCCAACACACGGAUGCCAUUAACCGGCUGUUUGAAGCAAGCAGUGUGGAGGGAAUCCAAGAAAAUCUGAAGCAGGAUGGCUCUGCAUUCGCACAGAAGCAGGCAGAGACUCUUGCCAAGAUGUCUCCAGCGUCACUGAAGAUAACCUUCCGACAGCUUCAAGCAGGGGCAACCAUGAGUCUACAGGACGUGCUGGUGAUGGAGUAUAGGCUUAGCCAAGCCUGCAUGAGAGGGAAGGAUUUCUAUGAAGGAGUAAGAGCAGUUUUGAUCGACAAAGACCAAAACCCCAGAUGGCAGCCAUCUUCGCUAAAGGAUGUGACGGAGCAGUUUGUGGACAGUUGCUUCGCACCUCUUGGAGAGCAUGACCUCAAGCUCUGAGCAUUCACACUGCAGGGAGGGUAUGGAGAUAAAGCAUCAUCUCCCAACACCUUCUCUUUGGUUGCUCUCUGGUGCAAGGGUUACCCAGUGGGGGGUAUGGCUAAGAGAGCCCAGUCUGUUACAAAUUAAGCAUCUUAACUGAACUUUGGACUGAAGUAAACGAUUCACCGUUAAGUGCUUUUGUGUGUUAUGGCCCAAGGGGAAAAAACAGAUUAUAUGUUCAUUUUUAAAAUGUAAUUGUGAGGAUUUACUGAUAUUCUGGCGGAGUGACGAACAUGAUGUUCUUUUCCACAUACGCAGUAAACAUGAUGAUAAACAAUUGUUUCUCUGAAUCCUCUGUUUAAGGUACAAGCUUUAAAGCUGCAGAUGAUAGAGGAAGGGAUUCCACAGAAAGCAGGCAACUUGAAACUUACCAAGUGGAUGUGUGACUCAUUAAGAGAAAAUAUUUUUAAAAAAAAAGCACAAACCUUUUUUGCCUCAGAUUUGUAAUUGCAAGGGCACCUACAGUUCUGAGCAGAAAUUCAGACUUAGAGAUGCUGCUGUUAUUAUUUGUUUGGUUUUUCUGGCUUCAAGUACUGUACAUCAUGUCCACUGGUAUUUUAGCAUCACACUCCUACAGCUGCCUGAGAAAAAAAAAAAUUUAAAUGCAUAUUUUUGGUGAAUGAGCAAGGCUGGGCA